GUCAGACCGCGUGUCUUUUUUAGUCUGUUCCGCGUGCGCGCGCUCGCUCGCCCGAAUCCACAUUCGAAUCCCGGAAGAGCUGGCGAGAGAUCGUCUAAUCGCGGUGACGACGACUUGUGGCUAAGUGGAAUGCUCAUCCGGGCGUCCUUUGUGACCGUGUGUGCGAGGAGACAACUUCACGUUCUGCUUCUCGAUCUUGCGUGGUGCGUGUGAAUGAUUAUUUGCUGGAAAGACCAUUCGGUGUCGGUGUCGUUAAAGGUGGUUCCAAAGACGAGUUGUGCGAGAUCGAAAUUGUGAUUGCACCGAGUGUGUGCGUGCGUUUUAUCAAGUGUCUGUGCCGUGUGCGUGCGUGAGUGUGAGUGAGCCACGAAAUGGGUCACCGGUAAGGGAUGGAUACACCUUCCGGAUUGGCUCGAUAUAGAACCGGAAGAUGAUGGAUGAACGGGAGAGAGCGGCGCAGCAGCAGCAACAGCAACAGCAGCACCACCAGCAGGUCUAUGCACAACGGAGACGAUGCUGGCUGGUGCUGGGUCGUACCGUGCUUACCUUCUCCGUGCUCGGUCUGCUGACGAUCGGGCUGUACAUUAGCUCGAACCGGAUCCACCUGCUACCGUCGUCCGAUCAGUCGGUCACCGAUGAACCGGCCAUCGAGUACGCGGCCGUCCGUGCCCGGCGUGCCGUUGGUUCCAGUGAUGAUUCCACUGCAAGGCGGUGGCAAACGGCUGCUCCGCUGGGGAAUCAACCCCUUGACAGCCCAACGCACACCUCCACUGCCACUCGCCGCCAUCAGGCGCAUCGAAGGCGCAAACCAGCGUCAACGACCAAGUUACCAAAGAACCACGAGGCGCGUCUGUUCGAGACGUACAGUAACGAAACCACGGACAUCAUCUACAUCGAUGGUGGACCGGGACCACGGCCAGCACCGUACAAUCUCUCCAACGUCUCGUACCGUGUGGAGGAACCCGUGAUCCAGCACCAUCCGAACGGUGACACAACGAUCGAGAGCGUAGUGCACGUUCGGCGCUACAAAUGCUACAAACGGCCACAUCUGCACAUCGGAGGUUGUAACUGCCAUCCGACCGGUGCGUAUGGACCGGCCUGUAGCCACAAGACCGGCCAAUGCCAGUGUAAACCAAACAUCGACGGACGCCAGUGUAAUCAGUGCCGGAAGGGCUUCUGGAAUCUGGACAGCGGCGACGGUUGUGUGCCCUGUUCCUGUGAUCCGAAUGGCAGCGAGCAGAAUGGGUGCGAUGUCUACACGGGCCACUGUUACUGUAAGCCCGGAGUCGAGGGUACAAGCUGUGACCGCUGCCAGGCCGGGUACUUUGGAUUCAGCUCGAAGGGAUGCAAGCGUUGUGAACAGUGCUCUAGUCCAGCGUACGUGUGCGAUCCGGAUACCGGGCGGUGCAUCUGUCCGGCAAACAGCCAGGGCCACGAGUGUCGCUCCUGUAUUGCCAACACCUGGGGCAAUGAGUUCCAGAAGGGUUGCAAGCACUGUGACUGUGAUAUCGUCGGUUCGAUCGGUCAGUCGUGUGAUAAGCUGAGUGGCCAGUGUAGCUGCAAGGAAGGUUACACGGGACGUCAGUGUACCGAGUGUGCCGUCGGCUACUACGGUUAUCCGGCCUGCCAACGCUGUGGCUGCGAUGAACGUGGAACGGUACGCCACGGCCUCAAUGGUACAUCACCUUGCGAUCAAACGGGCCAGUGCGAGUGCAAGGAGCUGGUGUACGGCAAAAAGUGUGACGGAUGCCGGCAACGAACGUUCGGGUUGGUGGCGAUCAAUCCGGAUGGGUGCACGCGUUGCUUUUGCUUCGGCCGUGCGGAAGAGUGUGACCAAGCGGAACACUCGUGGGGUCAGAUAAGGUUGAAAGGAUCGCGCAAUGUGAGCGUCGAGUAUCGGGACGUUCGGGAGGACGAUCAGCCCGAGAUGGUGGACUAUCUGGUGUUUGUGGAGCUGGAAGGUGGUCAGACGCAGAGCCGCGAGGGCGCUAACAUCACGAACAUGAACAAUCUCGAUCUGAUCCCGAGCUCGACCGGGAAUGUGACGAUCAUGGCGCACAGUAGCUUCCAGUAUCCGCUUUACUUCCAACUGCCGCAUCAGUUUUUGGGCGAUCGGACGGCCAGCUAUGGUGGUUGGCUUAACUUUACGCUCGUGACCGGUGGUGCGCGGGUUAACAUACCGGAACCAUCGCUCAGGCAGUUCCCGCUCGUACAGCUGCACACGCAUGAGAAUCUUGUGCUGGACUUUUACGAGGAUGCGAUCCAGUACGGGCGUGAGGUGGCACCGUACUCGGUGCUUCUGUUCGGUAACCUCUGGCGGAACCACUACGAUGGAUCGCGGGCCAAUCGUAUGAUUCUGAUGACGGCACUGCAGAACGUGCGGCAUGUGUUUGUCCGCGGUACGAUCACCAUCGAUUUCCAGUACGCUGUACUAACGAAUGUAACGCUGGAUACGGGGAUCUUUGUGGCCGGUGCAGAGAACAACCAUGCGUACGGUGUGGAAAAGUGUCAGUGUCCGCCCAGGUACAGUGGUCUGUCGUGUCAGAAUCCGGGCAAAGGGUUCUACCGCCAUCGGCUGACGAUUGUCGAUGUGGAACGGGCUACGAUCGAUGAUAUGAUCGGACAGGUGCUUCCCUGUGCUUGCAGUGGGCGCAGCGAGGAGUGUGAUCCGGAUACGGGAGUUUGUUUGAAUUGCCGCAACAACACCGGAGGUGAGCAUUGCGAUCGCUGCGCGGAAGGCUUCUACGGAGAUCCGAACCUAGGCCAGUGUGCACCCUGUCCGUGUCCCGAAACGAGAAAGAACUUUGCUCGCGGUUGUAUGGUCCGUGGGAACGAUGUGCACUGCGUCUGCAAAGCUGGUUACACAGGGGCCCUCUGUGACAAUUGUAUGCGCGGUUACUUUGGCCAUCCGCAUCUGGACGAUGGACACUGUGAGGCUUGCGAGUGUAAUCGCGAGGGCAGCCUGUCGGACGAGUGCGAUCGGUAUACGGGCGAGUGCCACUGUCGUCAGGGGGUGAUUGGCAAGAAGUGCGAUCGUUGUGAGCUUCCGAAGCAUAUCGUCAAGGAUAAUCGCUGUAAAGUCUGUGACAACUGCACCGUGACGCUGAUGGAUGAUUUUGAGAUCCUGUCGAGCCGGCUCGAUGAAGAGACGGCUCACAUCGAUCGUAACGGCAUACCGGCACCGUGGAUCGAGUUGACGAAUCAGGAAACCAAAACACGCCAACUAUCGGACCGUGUGGCACGGCUGCUCGAGGCUGAAGAUACGGUCAAAAAGUUCGCGGUAGACUUUGCGGAUCCGCUAAAACGGAAUGCAACGCGACUGAACAAGCGAUUGACAAAGCUGGACAAUCGAGCGAGCAACCGUGCCGGUGAGGUACAAAAGUGUACGGAGCGUGUGGACGGCCUGGUCGAUGAGGUCAACGUAAUCGACGAUGGUUUACGGACGACCAUCGAAACACUGAAGAACUAUGGAGUUGGUGAUCAUCACAUAAAACUUCCGCUAGCGGUCAAGGAAGCGAAUGAUCUGCUGGACAACAUCCGGGCACGCUAUGAGGAGCAAGAGUUCGACGAUCGUGUGCGGGACUGUGCCCAGCAGCAGCACGAUCUUUGGGCGAAUGUCUCGCGGAUGGUCGAUCGCCAGGCGAGACAGUUGGAUGAUUUGAAGUUCGAAAUCGAUCAGAUGAAUGUCAAAUCGGACAAUUUGCAGAACUACACGAAGCACGUGUUCCGGCGGGUGCAGGAGACGGAAGUGUACCAAACUACGAACCAGAAGCACUUUGACCGAGUGCGGGGUAGUUAUGCUGGUGCGCUGGAGGAUGUAAAUGAGGUUAAAGAACUGUUAGACACCAACAUCCAUGCCGAUACGGAUGUAAGCCUUGUCCAGCUCGAUGACAACUAUGGACAGCUGAAGCAGGAUGCCGACACGAUCAGCGGAUUAACGGAGCUGUUGAAUGAAUCAACGGAAACGCUGACACGCGAGAAUAGCAUUCUUCGGGAAACCCGCAUCCGACAGGCACUGGACCAUGCGGAACAGCUAAAAGCGAAGGCGGACCACUUUAAGCAUAAGUUCCAAUCGACAGAAGAUGCCUCGGCGAAAGCGAUGGAAGCGAGCCAAGCGUACGAGAACAUUAUCGGCGCGAUCGUAGCCGCUCAAGAGAGUGCCGACAAUGCAACGCGAACGGUCGAGAAAGCGGAUCAAAUGAUCCACCUGCAGCAAGAUAUGACGCUCCCCGAUCGAAGCCAACGGACGUACGAGGUUUCUACGAAUCUGACGAUCCGCGCGACCAAGGAGCUGGCGAAAGCCACGGCCCUAAACGAAACGAUGAUCCAGAAGGAGAAGAGUGUACAGAGCCUGAAGGAUCAAAUCUGGCAGACGGCCAUCAAGAACAACAAUCUGAUGGAUGAGAUCGGGAAGGUGGAGCGGGGUGCAACGAUGAAAACCGUGCAGGCCGAUCUGGAAAGCUCGAGCAUCGUGUCGGAACAGAUGAAGUUCGUGCGCCAGGAAGCGAUCAACAUGAACAGCGAUGUGUACAAGCUGAAACUGAAGCUGAAAUCGCUCGAACCGGAAUGGGACACCAAGUUCGGGUUGGCUGAGGAGAACGUUUCGCAAACGUUUGGCAACAUUCGCAAGGCCAAGGAGAAGCUGAACGGUAUCGAGCAGCUAGCGAAGACGCAGGACGAGCGGUUUCAGAAGUGGAAUCGAACGUUCUCGCUCAACCUGCAAGAUCUGCGCGAUCGUAUCGCCAAGGCUAAGCAUGCUGCUGAAGGUAUACGAGUAUCGAUGGAAUCGACAAAGGCAUGCAUCCGAUCGUACGCACCAUCUACCUUUGGUCCAUCGACCACCAAUCGGAUAGUGAUGUCGAUCGCCUUGCGUGAUCCGAAAGUGCACAACUCCCCUCUGGUCUAUCUCGAGGGUGAUGAGCGUCGUUUUAUAGCACUCGAGUUGCGCCAACGUAAGGUACGGAUGGUGUGGAGUCUCGAUGGUACGACCACCGAGGUCA